GGAAGACAUCGACAUCGCUCUAAUUCAGGAGCCUUGGGUGAACGGUAACAGGAUAAAGGGACUGGGCACCCAGAAAUACAACCUAUUCUACAGGAUUGUAGAUCCAGCUGAAGUACCGCAGACAUGACGGUGGUGAGGAUUGAAGGAAACGGCGGGAACCUAUUAAUGAGCUCAGUCUACAUGGCUCAUGAUAGGCCUGCUCCACCUCCGGAAGUUCAAAACCUAGCAGAGGUUGGCGCAGCCGAAGGAGCAAGUCUGCUUAUGGGUUGCGACGCCAAUGCCAGACAUACCCUCUGGGGCAGCACAGAGAUCAACGAACGAGGUGAGUCUUUAUUUAAUUUUGUCUUAGAUAGUAAUCUAGAGAUAGCAAAUAGAGGCAACACCCCUACCUUCACUUUUCCUAGCACAGACAGGUUUGCUGGCUGGGAAGAUGUGAUAGAUAUAACACUCAAAACUAACAACUGUAUAAUCGAGGACUGGAGGGUAUCUAGCAAAAGGUCGUAUUCUGACCAUGCCUGGAUAGUCUUCACGGUGGGAUUCGAAGUUGGGAAUCCCAAACCUUUUAGGAACCCUAAAAGAACAGAUUGGGUUAAAUUCAGAGCCAUCGUGCGGGCCAAGCUCAUGGUCAUGCCCGAUAUUAACAACUAUAUUAAGGAAGUCGAAGAACUUGAUGCGCAAAUCAGUAGAUUUGAGAAAGUCAUGGGCGUGGCUUUCAGAGCAUCCUGUCCUUUGAAAUAUUCAAAAAAAAAGUAUCCCCCGUGGUGGAACGAAGAUUUGAGUAAUCUCCGGAAGAUUACCAGGGAUGUCUUCAAUAUCUGCUACAAGAAUGGGUUCUGGCAACCUUAUAAGGAGUGCCUGAGAGAGUAUAAAAGGGCUAUCCGUUCCGCAAAAAGCCAGGGUUGGAGGGAUUUUUGCGGAACUGUAGAAUGUACCAGAGAUUCUGCCAGAUUGAGCAGAGUGCUUUCCAAGGACCAUACCGGUCCUUCUUUUCUGAAGGAUGAGGGUGGGACAUGGACAAAAACAUCUAUGGAAACUCUCAAUUUACUAGUGGACACGCAUUUCCCGGGUAAUACCGGGUCGGCUCGGGAGGCUAUCCAGUUGGAUUCCCUUCCGGGGCAGCCUGUGUCGAGUGAAAUGGUUGAAGCUAUCAUAGCGCCAAAGAUUUUCGACCAAUUAGUUUGA